AUGAACGAUCUUAACAGUAGCCAGAAAAUACGCGUGGACAAAACAGAAUAUCCAUACAACGUGUGUAAAAAUUCGUUCAACAGUGAAAGCAAACUAUCAAUACACCCUCUGAAGCACACAGGGGAGAAACCGUGCCCGUGCGACAUAUGUGACAAGUCAUUCAAUGAAAAAAGCUCCUUGACUAAACACCGACGGACGCACACAGGAGAGAAAUCGUACCCGUGCGAUAUUUGUGAAAAGUCAUUCAAUCAAAAAAGCCACAUGACUAUACACCGACGGACGCACACAGGGGAGAAACCAUACCCGUGCGACAUAUGUGACAAGUCAUUCAAUCAAAAAAGUCACAUGACUAUACACCGACGGACGCACACAGGGGAGAAACCGUACCCGUGCGACAUAUGUGACAAGUCAUUCAAUGAAAAAAGUCACAUGACUAUACACCGACGGACGCACACAGGGGAGAAACCAUACCCGUGCGACAUAUGUGACAAGUCAUUCAAUCAAAAAAAUCAGAUGACUAUACACCGACGGACGCACACAGKGGAGAAACCAUACCCGUGCGACAUAUGUGACAAGUUGUUCAAUGAAAAAAGCUCCUUGUCUAAACACCGACGGACGCACACAGGAGAGAAAUCGUACCCGUGCGAUAUAUGUGCCAAGUUGUUCAGCGUAAGUAGCAGUUUGAUAGUACACUUGAGGACACACACUGGAGAGAAACCGUACCCGUGCGACAUAUGUGACAAGUCAUUCAAUGUAAAAAGCUCCUUGACUAAACACCGACGGACGCACACAGGGGAGAAACCGUACCCGUGCGACAUAUGUGACAAGUCAUUCCAUCAAAAAAGCCACAUGACUAUACACCGACGGACGCACACAGGGGAGAAACCGUACCCGUGCGACAUAUGUGACAAGUCAUUCAAUGAAAAAAGCUCCUUGACUAAACACCGACGGACACACACUGGAGAGAAACCAUACCCGUGCGACAUAUGUGACAAGUCAUUCAAUACAAAAGGCAACUUGACUAUACACCGACGGACGCACACAGGGGAGAAACCGUACCCUUGCGACAUAUGUGACAAGUCGUUCAGCGUAAGUAGCAAUUUGAUAGUACACUCGAGGACGCACACAGAGGAUUAA